CUGCACAAUUUUCAGCAUGACUCGAGCGCAUCGGCCAUGUUUAAUUGAAACAACUUUCUUUCUGGUUGCCUAUUUACAGCUCUCAAUCAGCACCCCUCCCACGCCAAUCUCUGUCCGACCUGUAUCCUCAAAAGAUGUUCCUUUGGGCGAGGUAGCCAAAUUCAACUUUCAUGAAUUUGGGGAUCUCGUAACCAGAGACUCAAGCCACUUGGGUGCAAAUAAAGUUAGCACUUGGAUCGAAUUUGGGAACACCAGUCAUCGGUUGAAUAAUGAUAUAUUUUACGAGAGGAGUGGGCCUAAUUCAGGUGAAGGGUCCAAACAUGGCACACUGGGACCAAUCAUAUCGGGUAGGGUGAAGCAGGAAGAGGGGGAGCAAUUGGAUCAUUUUAAACCCGGAUUGCCAGUGGCUCGUGAUGGAGAAAUUACCCCAUUUGACACCAAAGCUGUUUUGGUUUCCGGGAAGCGCUCGAGAGAAGUUCGGACCAGAAAAAUCGAAAUCAAACCGGAACAAAAAUCAAUGGGAGAAGAUCUGAAAGCCGAAAAAUAUGACAAGGAGCCUCUUACUCUUAGUUCUGUAGAUCAGCGCCACAAGCUACUUAGAUGUGCAGUUGACCAUAAACCAGGAGACUUUGAGAUUAUCAUUUUAGAUUCAAAAUGGGAUCCACUGCUUGCUUGGGCAAAGACAUCGGUCGGAAGAACCGAUGAAUCAGGAAUUAUGAAAGAUUUUAUCUUGAAUUUCGAGAAGAAACUCUGGGGCUGUUUCAUGGACUUUCCAUUUCAUAUGGAGUAG